AUUUGCCAACAGAACUAACUGCCAUUUGAGCCAAAACUAUAUUUAGUCUUCCCUACAUACCCUAUAUAGAACUCCUCUCCUUUCACAAAUUCUCCAUAAACCAGAGCCCAAGGGGCAUCAAAGACCAGCUACUCUGCGUAAGAGAGCCCCAGCAGCUCUGUUUAUAUAACCCUAAAUUAUCUCAUUUGCAUUUUCAGACAAAAAAAAGAAAGAAAGUAAGAAGAAAAAAUUGAAUUUCAUUAGGCUGUUCUGUUAAGGAUGGCGUACGGAUCAAGUGAUGAUGCAGGCAAGAAGAAGAAGGUCGCGAUCAUUGGCGUCUCUUCAUUGAUUCUGGUGGCUAUGGUUGUUGCUGUGGCAGUUGGGAUUAACAGCAACAGCUCGGGUUCAUCAGACUCCGGCAAAGCUGCUCCAGCCAGCGAGAUUUCAACAUCAUCAAAGGCGGUUAAGGCCCUCUGUGCACCAACUGAUUACAAGGAAACCUGUGUCAAAAGCCUUGAACCAGCAGCCGGAAACACCACCGACCCAAAAGAGCUUAUCAAGAUUGCAUUCGACGUCACAAUGAAGACGAUCAAAGAAGCAAUUGCAAACUCCACAACCUUGAAUGAUCUGGCCAAGGACCCAAGAGGGAAAGCAGCUCUUGACAAUUGCCAAGAAUUAAUGGAACUUGCCAUUGAUGAUCUCAAAGAGUCAUUUGAGAAAAUCGGAACUUUCGAAAUGAGCAAGCUCCAAACGUUUGUUGAGGACCUCAAGACUUGGAUCAGCGGCUCUCUAACAUACCAACAAACAUGCAUGGAUGGAUUCCAGAACACAACAGGCGAAGCUGGAAAGAAAAUGAAGGAAUUCUUGAAAACUUCAUGGCAACUCACAAGCAAUGGCCUUGCCAUGGUUGAUGAAUUCUCUAAAGCCAUUGGUUCUUUAAAUUUUCAAGGCACAAGUCGUCGUCUUAUGGAGAGCGGUGAAGCCCCUUCGUGGCUCGAUUCCAGUAAGCGCAAGCUUUUAGCUGCAACUCCAGCCACAAUCAAACCCGACGUUGUGGUGGCUAAAGAUGGAACUGGCAAGUACAAGACUAUCAAUGAGGCCUUGAAAGCAGUACCUAUCAAGAGUCCAAAACAAUUUGUUAUUCACAUCAAGGCUGGUAUCUACAAGGAGAAGGUUGAUGUUCCAAAGAAUUUGACAAAUGUUGUGAUGCUCGGGGACGGCCCAAAAAAGACCAGAAUCACCGGAGACAUCAGCUACGUCCAAGGCGUCACCACCACCUGGCAAACUGCCACAUUCUCUGCUGUUGGAGCUGGAUUCAUGGCAAAGGACAUUGGGUUCGAGAACACAGCAGGACCUGAAGGACACCAAGCAGUGGCAUUGCGUGUGCAGGCCGACAAGUCUGUGUUCUACAAUUGCCAUAUGGAUGGUUACCAAGACACACUCUACACCCACGCCCACCGCCAAUUCUUCCGCGACUGCACCAUCUCGGGCACCAUUGAUUUCGUCUUUGGCAACGCCCUUGCUAUAUUCCAGAACUGCAAACUGGUAGUCAGGAAGCCCAUGGAAAACCAACAGUGCAUUGUCACCGCACAAGGCAGGCUCGACCAGCGUGAACCAACCGCCAUAGUCUUCCAAAACUGCUCCAUCACAGCAGAACCUGCGUUACUAGCUGUCAAGGACAUAAACAAAUCUUACCUCGCCCGGCCAUGGAAGGAAUACUCCAGGUUCAUACUCAUGCAGUCUCAGAUUGAUGCCUUCAUCCAACCUCAUGGAUUCUUGCCAUGGAUGGGUACAUUCGCCAUCAACACAUGCUGGUAUGCUGAGUUUGGUAACAGAGGACCUGGUGCUGUCACUGCACAAAGAGUCACAUGGCCUGGUAUCAAGAAACUCACAGCAGAAAGUGCUGUGGAUUUCACUGCAGCAAAGUUCUUCCUUGGUGAUACCUGGAUUCCUGCCACUGGAGUUCCCUACGAUGCUGGCAUGAUGAAUGUGUAGAACAAGAAAGAAGAAGAAGAAGAAGAAGAAGAACAGCUUUUCAAAUAGUUAGUGGAUGGAGAGAGUGGUUCUGAUUGUAACAUUAAUUUAGUAAGUCUUUAAUUAUACUUUGUAUUAUCAACUCAAAACAGAGGAAACUGUGUAAAUUGAAGAGCUCAAGAAACAAGUAUUAUA